AUGAAUAGGCAGUGGAUUCACUGCGAUCGAUGUAGUAAGGAGUAUAAAAAUGGGGUCAAAUCAUUCAUUGAAUUUGCUAAACAGAAUGUGAAUGAGGAGAAUGAGACAGUAUGUCCCUGCUCUAGUUGUGGUUAUUCAAAGUUGAAAACUAUUGAUGUAGUUCACAUCCAUUUACUGCAACAUGGGUUGUCAGUAAUAUUUGAAACAUACUUUAGGUUAGGAAGUGAGACUAUGCCUUCUCCAGUUCAGGAGCCAGUCAUUGAACCCAACAAUGACAUAUUUGAUAUGAUGGACGAUAUGCUUGAUAGGCAUGACUCUACUAAUCAGCAUAUUGAUGGGGGUGAAGACACUCUAGGGGGUGAUGAUUUUGAUGAGGUUCAAAGGGUAGAUGGUGAUAACUUUGAUAAGUUAUUACUUGAAGCACAAAGGGAAUUGUACCCCGGUUGCACUGAAUAUACUGUUUUGACUUUUGUCGUGGAGUUGCUUAGUUGUAAAGUGGAUAAUUUGUGGACUAACAAAUCAGUUGAGAGGAACUUACAGAUCAUGAGAAAAAUGUGUCCAAAACCCAAUUACAUUCCCGAAUCUUAUUAUGCAUGUAAGAAGAUGUUGAAAGAUUUAGGGUUAGGGUAUGAAAAUAUUCAUGCGUGCAAGUAUGAUUGUGUCUUAUUUUAUAAGGAGCACGAAGGGAAGGAUAAGUGUCCUGUGUGUAAUGAACCACGGUACAAAAAUAGUAACUCUCCACAAAAAAAGAAGAUUCCUCAAAAAAUUUUGCGCUAUUUUCCCUUGACUCCAAGAUUGCAAAGAUUGUUUAAGUCUAGACACACAGCUGGUGAUAUGAGGUGGCACAAGGACAAACGGGUAGAUGAGGAAGGAAAGAUGAGGCAUCCGGCAGAUGGAUCUGCAUGGAAGGAUUUUGAUAUAUCUUAUCCAGAAUUUGCGAAAGACCCACGAAAUGUCAGACUAGGCCUCGCUACCGAUGGUUUCAAUCCUUUUGGUAACAUGAGUUUGUCUUAUAGCAUGUGGCCCGUGGUGGUGAUUCCAUAUAAUCUACCCCCUUGGAAGUGCAUGAAGAAAGCAUUCUCUAUGCUUACCUUGUUAAUUCCUGGACCAAUUUCACCAGGAAGGGACAUUGAUGUAUAUCUGCGCCCGUUAAUUGAUGAACUUAAGGAGUUGUGGGUUCAUGGUGCUAAAACAUAUGAUAAGAUGGCUGAGUCUGAUUUUAAUAUGCGUGCAGCGGUAAUGUGGACGAUUAAUGAUUUUCCAGCGUACGCUAAUCUAUCCGGUUGGAGCACGAAAGGAUAUUUGGCAUGCCCUGUAUGUAAUAAAGAUACAGCAAGCCAUACAUUGAAAAACAAGAUUGGUUAUGGUGUGCACCGUCGCUUCUUACCUAUACAUCAUUCUUGGCGCAAGGAUACCAGUAAAAAGAGCUUCACUGGUAAACGAGAGAUGAGAAAGCCCCCUGUAAAGCUCUUUGGUAAGGAUAUACUGAAACAGCUUAAAUCCCUUAGACCAAGCAAACCUGAGGGGAAAUCAAAGGAUACAAUUAAGGCAAGGAUAGAUUUGAAAAAUAUGAACAUCAAGGAAGAUUUACAUUUGAAGCUCAAGGGGAACAAGGUUGAUAAGCCCUUAGCUGAAUUUCCAGAUGGUUAUGCAUCUAAUAUAGCUCGUUGUGUGAAAGUUGAUGAGGGGAAGUUAUCGGGUUUGAAAAGCCACGAUUGCCAUGUACUAAUCCAACGACUUCUUCCUGUAGGAAUUCGAAAACACUUAAAGAAGUCCAUUUGUACUCCACUUGUGGAGUUAUCACAAUUCUUCGAAAAGAUAUGUGCAAAGACUUUAUGUAUUGCUGAUCUGGAUAGGUUAGAAGUAGAAAUUGUCAUUAUUCUAUGCAAAUUGGAAAAAAUCUUCCCACCAGCAUUCUUUGAUAUCAUGGUGCACUUGGCAGUCCACUUGCCCGGUGAAGCCAAACUUGCUGGUCCUGUAGGAUAUCGAUGGAUGUACCCGAUAGAAAUAUUAUUGGGAACAUACAAGAAGUAUGUGCGUAAUAAAGCUCAUCCAGAGGGUUCCAUUGCGGAGGCAUACAUUUCGUAUGAGGCAUUAACCUUUUGUUCAAUGUACUUGCGUGAUGUUGAGUCAUCUCAUAAUCGUCCAGAACGGAAUGAUGAUGGGGUUGAAUCCAAAGCAAAGAUUUCUGUAUUUGCUCAGAAAGUACGUCUCACUGGUGGUAGUAAACUGGUAGAAUAUUCAAAGGAGCAAAUGGAAGUACUUUAUUGGUAUAUCUUGGACAAUUGCAUUGAGAUUGAAUCAUUUAGAGAUGAGCAUAAAUUGCUGUUGGAAAGGGAGAGUCUCAACCAAUUGGAAGAAAGGCAUAGGAAAAGUUUUCCAAGUUGGUUUAAGGGUCGUGUCAAAGUAUUGUAUGAUCAGAAAUCUGCAUUGGUGAAUGAAGAGUUGUAUGUAUUAGCACAGGGUCCAACUCGCCGAUGUGUCCAACAUACUGGAUGUAUUGUGAAUGGUGUUCGAUGGCGAAUCAAACAGAUUGAUCAGACUAAGACAACCCAAAAUAGUGGAGUAAUGACCAUGGGGUCACAUGAAGGAGAAGCUUGUACUUACCAUGACAAGUUACUCAGUGUUGUUGAAGUCCAGUUUCAAUUAGGCUUUAAGGUUAUUCUUUUCAAUUGUGAGUGGUAUAAUACAGGGAACAAGAAUAAUAGAGUGAAGAAAGAUUAUCAUCUCUUGUCAGUUAAUAUAAAUAGUCGGUGGUACAAAGACAAUCCAUAUGUGCUAGCAAUUGAAGCAAAUCAAGUCUUUUAUCUAGAUGACCCAAAGUUGGGUCAUCCAUGGAAAGUUGUUCAAAGGAUUCAGCCUAGGCAUGUUUGGGAUGUGCCGGAGAAAGAAGAUAAUGAAGAUGACAAUAACACUGACAACAAUGGUGAUGAGAAUACAGAUGAUGACAGUGACACUAACAUGGAAUGGGAAGUCCAGAUGGAGGAUGAUGAAAUUGAAACAUCGUUAGUUAGAGAUGAUGGCGAGCCUGAAACUAUAAUCUUAGACGAUUCCAAUAGGUCAUUGCUAAUUGACACAGAGAAUGACAAUGAUUUCAUAAAUGAUGAUGCUGACGUUAUGGAGGAUGAUGAACUAUCAUCAAAUGAAAAUGAAGAUAUAGUUGGCAGUGAGGCAGAUAGUGAUUUAGAAUAA